GUUGUGAUACUUUUUAUCGAAUAAUAAUACUAGUGUUGUCAUUCCACGCACAUCGUCACGACGGGGCUUUAUAGUUUGCCCGUAGUGUGCAGCCCUGCUGAUAGAACUUAGAUGUGAUGAUAUUAGUACGGCUAACCGACUGUGCCGAGGUAGCGAAGCAGUGCCUUCGUACCUUCCAAAUUAUUGCACAAGUAAGCUUUGCUCAACUUUCUACCUUUGUUUCUUGACUUCAUUCUCCCCAGUUCCUUUUUCUCGAUUGCUUACUUUUUUCUUUCUUCGGUCUUUCUAGACCCGAGUUCUUUUUUUUUUACUCUUUGCAUGAACCCUUGGUGCUAGAUUUGCUUGAUUCUUUGGCCCAAUUUUCUAAGAACCAUGUCUUGCACUCCGUCUGCCACUGCAACGGAGUAUACCACUAUAACUACAUUUACGACGUCCACGUCGUUCUCGCAGAGUGUAGUGAGCAACCAGGCCGCAGUCACGACCGUCGUGCAGCCGACUUGUAUCGCCACUGGCACCUUGAGUGGAUCAAAUAGUACAGGUUGCGUCUCGAGCACAACGCUUACGCAGGUAAACACCAUUGGAGGCGGAAUUGUCACCACACAAGUACCCGUAAUUGUCACGGUUCCAGUCACCCAGACUCAACCAACGAAUACUCUCUUUGCCUCUUGCUCUGAUGGUUCCACCCCGUCGCAGACAACAUCACACGCUACAACUAGUCAAACAAGUUCUAGUUCAACUCCUAGUCCAGUGACAACGUCUGUGCUGGUAGAGACUACACCUGCGCCGACCAUUAUCACCCAAUCGUCUUCUACGACACUUACGAACGGCGAUGUGGUUGCGACUUUAAUCACUACAACAUCCACACUCCCAGCAUCUUCUGUUUAUGUACCAUCUGUGAUCGCAAAUCCAACUGUCACAAGUACAGAAAAUGCAAGUGGGUCAGGCACAGAUGUAGCCCCCAUAGUCGGGGGCGUGCUUGGCGGUUUUGUUGGAUUGAUCGCGAUCGUGGGCGCUUUGUGGUACCUUUGCCGCAGACGCAGAUCCUGGGAUGAUAUCUUUGAUAGGGAAGCUCUUGAAGAUGAAGAAUUUGAUUCCCCUGUUGCUGUGCGCAGAGACCGUGACAGGACACUCGAUCUCGGCGCUGAGCCUAAACCAUAUGAGUAUGGUCUCGUCGGACAUGUAACGCCACCACCAGGGUCUGGUUCCCCGCCAAGCAUUAGCCAAUCUCAUCAUCCUUCAUUCAGUACUUCCGUAGGAAGUAACCACAGCCGCAAUACGUCAGUCACCCCUUUGCUUGGCAUUAGUUCUGCGCCCGGGAACGCCUCGAAGGCUUCCAUUUCAGGGUCCAUGCAGGCAGCACAGACUGCUGCUGCGCAGAGGCAUCUCAGCGCGACAUCCCAAUCGACAUCCCAGUCUUCCAUGGGCCCCCGAUCGCUAUCUGUGGUUUCAACCAACAGUGCGACGCCUUUGCUAGAUGGAUCCGGACCUUCUGCCCUUUCAUCGAGUAAUCGUGUUGACGAGCUUGGCGCAUUUGAUCCGCUUAAUCGCACAGGAAGUCAUACCUCGGUGAUCGACAGACGGGUCUUGCAAAUUAUCAACGAUGACCCUCAGUUGCCCAAACCCAGUGCUAGUCCUGCUGUUGUGCCUGCACGUAUACCCGCACCUGCUCUUGCACCUGCACCUGCCUCUUCAUCUGUGCCUGCCCGGCCGCCCGGUAAACGUGCCCCUAGACGGAGGCGGUCUAACAGUGUCGUUGUGCACACAGAUGCCGGACUGAUUUCUCCCAACUCAGGUGGUGCUACGUCAAACGAACCCCCACCCUACUCAAGGGAAUAGUUCAUCACCCUUGCCGAAAACAGUCUAUUGAGAUAUUACUUUUUCUAACCCUAUCUGAUGGACUUACGAUGACCGUACUAUAGCUAGCCACGCUUUCACGUUCUUCAUGCCCAUAUACUUACAGUUGUUUGAACGUAGCCUAUGGACAAUGCACUCUCUAAUCGUCUCUGAAGAUAUCCUUGCUGUGAUUUCUUAUUCUGUCCUCGAAGUGGAUAAAUACGAAUUGUAUGCUAGCGCUCGGCCAGCGCUGUUUAUUACCUUGAUAUAAGUAUAUCCACUGAUCCUGGUUACAAUACUCUUGGUGAGUGGUUACAUAGUACUACUGUACAUUAUGAUUUGAGAAGUGCGGCGAUUUCUGACACUGUAUGUGAUUGGGAGAUCGUAUAUAACACCAUGUGUUGUACUACGUCCACUGGGCAACCCAAGGCUGACAACGAGAAGUACUGAGUGG